AUGUUGUUUCACAAACUACUUUUACUUGGUAUAACAUGUCUACUUCAAGUAGUAUCGGCUGUCCGUUACAUCAAAUCAAGUUCACUUUUAACAUGUAUGGAUAAUUCCCAGUUUACAGCUUCAUACUUUGACAUUGUGUUCUAUCCAGGAAACAGAACAGUUUAUUUUGAUAUCAAUGCCAUUUCAUCAAUCGAUACUAAAGUUGGUGCUUAUAUCAACGUCAUUGCCUAUGGUUUAAAUGUCGUACAAAGGAAUAUUUCUCUUUGUGAUAUUGACUACACAUCUACUGGUUCAGAUACCAACCCGCUUUGUCCCUUAACUUCGGGGCAUUUGAAUCUUGAUUCACAUUAUGAAAUAGGUUCAUCUGUCACUAAUGAAAUUCCAGGAGUAGCAUACACUGUUCCUGAUGUUGAUGCAAGAGUAAGAGUAUUAAUUUACGAUUUGAAAUCUUAUAAAGAAUUGGCUUGUGUUGAGGCAAUCUUAUCUAAUGGUAAAACAGUGCAAACUAAAUAUGCUGGAUGGCCUAUUGCCGCAAUUUCAGGAUUGGGGGUUAUAACUUCCGGUGUUAUUUCAGUCAUUGGUCAUUCAAGUACUGCUGCCCACAUUGCAUCCAACUCAAUGUCACUUUUCGUUUAUUUCCAAUCAUUGGCAAUUAUGGCCAUGAUGGCUGUGGCUAGGGUUCCACCUAUCGCUGCCGCUUGGGCCCAAAACUUUAUGUGGUCUGUCGGUAUUAUCAAAAUCGGCUUUGUUCAAGAUAUUUCCAAUUGGUAUAUUCAAGCUACAGGGGGCACACCAACAGAUAUCUUGGGAGCUUCUUAUCUUUCCAUUUCGGUACAAAGAUUUGCCAAGAGAGCUAUGGAAUGGUAUGAAGGUAUGAAUAGCUACGACUUGAGUGGGUUGUCAUCAUCAUCGUCCGGUUCCUCAUUAGCAAAAAGAGCCAGUAUUUUGCUAGACUCGGAUACUUUUGGUACUGCUGAUAAUUUGGAUCCAGAUUUGUACUCAACUGAUGAAAAAGCUAGUGACUUAUCAGGGAAAAUCUUGGUGUUACGAGGUAUUCAACGUGUGGCGUAUUUGGCCAGUAUUGAAAUCACUGAUGUGUUUUUAACUGGUAUUUGUUUCUUGUUCUUUUUCGCUUUUGUCAUGGUGGUUUGUCUCAUGUUAUUCAAAGCUAUUAUCGAAAUUUUAACCAGGAGUAAAGUCAUGCAUGCUGAGAAAUUCAAUGAAUAUCGUCAUCAUUGGGGACACAUCAUUAAAGGUUCGCUUUAUCGUUUAUUGAUUAUUGCUUUCCCUCAAGUGUCAGUAUUGUGUAUUUGGGAAUUGACAACAAGAGAUUCUGCCGGAAGUGUUGUUGUUGCUGUGUUUUUGUUAAUCAUCACAUUGGUGUUGUUGAUACAAGCAGCAACAAGAGUAUUUCUUAUGGGUAGAAACUCGGCGCGAAACUUUAAAAACCCUGCGUACUUGUUAUUUGGAGAUGUCAAGUUUUUAAACAAGUUUGGAUUUUUGUAUGUCCAGUAUAGAGCUGAUUGUUUUUGGUUUAUUUGGGUUUCAUUAUUUUACAUUUUUAUCAAAUCAUUGUUGGUGGCAGUACUACAACAUCAUGGUAAACCACAAUCAGUAAUCAUUUGGGUGAUCGAAUUGAUUCACAUGGUUGUUCUUUGCUGGAUUCGUCCAUUUAUGGAUAAGAGAACCAAUGCAUUCAAUAUCACCAUUAGUGUCAUCAAUUUCAUUAAUGCAUUGUUUUUCAUGUUCUUUUCCAGUGUGUUUGGACAGCCAAAUGUUGUUUCAUCAGUGAUGGCGGUGGUUUACUUUGUGCUUAAUGCGGUAUUUGCCUUGUUUUUGUUGAUUUUCACCAUUGUCACUUGUUUGUUGGCCAUUUUCAGAAAGAACCCAGAUGCCAGAUAUCAACCAAUGCGCGACGAUCGUGUUUCCUUUUUGCCCAAAUCUGGUGGUAAAAAGGGUGUUGGUGCUGGUGGUGAUGAUGAUAUGGAGUUGAUGGCAUUGGGAGCAACAGCAAUGAAGGGACAUGAACAUGGUAAACGUGAUCCAUUAGCUUAUGACGAUGAAUCGUAUGAUGAAGAUUCAGUGUAUCAAAACACGAGGAAUUUGGAUGGUCAAGGAGGAGAGGUAACAACUAGUACUGGCUCGGGUUCAAAUGAAUAUAGUGGAUCAAAACGAGAUUCAAUCAGUUUUAUGGAACCAACACAACCAGGGUCAACUAUUGUGGGGAACCCUUACAACGCUUUGCCUACAAAUUACGCCAAUCGAAAUGGAAGCAGUAGUAAUGGCAGUGGUUUCAGUUAUGGACAAACUGGAGCUUAUCAAGGCAGCUCGUCAAGUCCACAGAAUCCAUAUUUCCAAAACACUGCUUAUAGCAACAAUCAAUAUUAUCAGCAAAGGAAUCCAAGUGGAAGUCGAACUGCUUUCAGGUAA